CCACAAAAAGGCAAAAUGACUAUUUUCACUUGCAACUUUAUCACUUCAAUUAAUUAAACCAUUUCUCUGUCACAUUCCCACUCCACUUCUCUGGCUGCUACUGUUCCUGCCACUAGGUCACAAUUCGAGCCAACCUCCACAUCUUCCGACUCUUCUUCUUUUCCAGUCGCAGAUAUGGAUGGUUGUCCAGGUCCGAGUUUGUUUCCAUUGCACCGCUGCAAAACUAUUCACCUGGUGAGGCAUGCACAAGGGAUGCACAAUGUAGAGGGAGAUAAGAACUUCAAAGCAUACUUGUCUCCCGAAUAUUUUGAUGCACAACUUACUCAACUGGGUUGGCAGCAGGUUGAUCAUUUGCGUAAGCAUGUCCGCGCAUGUGGGCUAUCCAAGAAGAUUGACUUGGUUAUCACGUCUCCUUUGCUAAGGACAUUGCAAACAGCUGUUGGAGUCUUCGGUGGUGAGGGCUAUACAGAUAGGGUGGAUGCACUGCCGCUGAUGGUGGCAAAUGCUGGAAACAGUGGUCGACCUGCAAUUUCAAGCCUCAAUUCCCCACCUUUCAUUGCUGUAGAACUUUGUCGAGAACAUAUUGGUGUGCAUCCUUGUGACAAGAGGCGAAACAUCAGCGACUAUCAAUUUCUUUUCCCUGCAAUUGAUUUUUCAUUGAUAGAAACUGAUGAGGACGUAUUGUGGAAGGCCAAUGUCAGAGAGACAGUGGAAGAACUUACUGCCAGGGGACUGAAGUUCUUGAGCUGGUUGUGGACAAGGAAAGAGAAAGAGAUAGCAAUAGUUACUCACAGUGGGUUCUUGUCUCAUACCUUAAGUGCAUUUGGAAAUGACUGCAACCCAUUGGUGAAAAAAGAAAUAAGCACUAGAUUCGCGAACUGUGAGCUUCGAUCCAUGGUCAUUGUUGACAGAAGUAUGAUUGGAUCUGAUCCCCCAACAACCAACUAUCCUGGAAAGAUUCCUUAUGGACCAGAUCUCCCUAGCGAUGUUCCGGAGGAAGAUGGACCCAAAACAAAAUGAAGGGAUUGAAAUUGAUUUGAGCAUUCAAAAUUUUAUCAUUGGCAUUCUUGGAAAACUAUGGCUACUGUACGCUUCAAUAUUUUACAUACAUUCACAACCCAGAUGCACUCCUAAACAGAAUUGUGCCAAUUAGAUCAAAUAUAAACAGCAUGUUUGACAAGAAAACUGGGAGAAAUUCUGAACUGACAUGAUGCCGUGAAGUUUGAACUUAUUAAGGCUGUUUUUUUUUUUUUUUU